CGGUGUGAGGCGUUUUGGCUGAGAAAUACGCACAGGGGUUGUGGAUCUGAUGUACAUUUUUCUUCCUGUCCCUAUUCUGGUUGCUUGGAACUAACCAAAAACUAUGGAUUACUCAAUCUGCUUACUUUUGCUGCUGUCAACCAUUUCAUCUGUGUCGACCGGACAAUUCCCAACAGCGCAGAUGAUAAAGGAGUGGGUGGACCAGAUGCAAAAAGAUCUGAUCACAUUAACAGACACAUCCAGUGGCAUGGACAACCUAAUACAGAUAUAUCAUAAACACAGACCUCACUUCAGUGUUGAGACCAACAAUGCGAGGCAACUGGUGGCGACAGCUGCUGGGAAUAUAGAGAAACUUCUGGCUAACCGCUCCCAAGCCCUAAAGAGGCUGGCAACAGAGGCGGAAAAGUUUCAAAUGGAGCACUCGUGGAGGGACGACAGUGAGGUUGACAAAAUCGUUUACUACAAUGCCAAAGAUGACCUUAAUCAGACGGAAGAAGUAAAGGGAAGGAAGAACCGAUAUCUUCCAGAUGAUUUCGAGAUAGACCCCGACUUCAAACGACUCGUCUCGUACAACACCACCGCCGUCCACAUCCCUACGGAUAUAUAUGAAGGCUCAACCAUAAUUUUGAAUGAGCUAAAUUGGACAGAGGCCUUGGAGGAUGUUUUCCGGAAAAACAAAGAGGAAGAUCCCUCACUUCUCUGGCAGGUGUUUGGCUCGGCCACCGGAUUGGCUCGGUACUACCCAGCAUCCCCUUGGAUCGACUCGAGCAAUUCAGCCAAUAAGAUCGACCUCUACGAUGUUCGCAGGCGGCCGUGGUACAUUCAGGGGGCAGCUUCACCCAAGGACAUGCUGAUCCUGGUGGAUGCGAGUGGCAGCGUUUCGGGUCUCACCCUCAAACUCAUUCGAACGUCGGUCAGCAAGAUGCUGGAGACCCUCUCUGAUGAUGACUACGUGAACGUGGUCUAUUUCAAUGACAAGGCCACGUACGCGUCGUGCUUUGAGAACCUGGUGCAGGCCAACGUCCGCAACAAGAGGAUGCUGAAAGAUGCUGUGCAGCGCAUCACAGCCAAAGGCAUCACCAACUACAGAGGCGGCUUCGAGCUGGCCUUUGAGCAGCUCGCGCAGAUGAAUGUGUCAAGGGCCAACUGUAACAAGAUUAUCAUGCUCUUCACUGACGGAGGUGAAGAGAGGGCCGAGGAGAUCUUUGAAAAAUACAACCCAAAGCAAGCGGUUCGCAUCUUUACAUUUUCAGUAGGUCAGCACAACUACGACAAAGGACCAAUACAGUGGAUGGCCUGCGCUAAUAAAGGGUACUAUUACGAGAUCCCAUCUAUAGGUGCCAUCAGGAUCAACACUCAGGAGUACCUUGAUGUUUUGGGCAGGCCUAUGGUUAAGGCUGACAGAAGGGCAAAGCAGGUUCAGUGGACCAACGUCUACCUGGACGCACUGGAGCUUGGCCUGGUGAUAACUGGCACUCUGCCCGUCUUCAACAAGACCAACACAGGCUCAAAGAAAUCUCAAAACCAGCUCAUCUUGGGGGUUAUGGCUAUUGAUGUUUCCCUGGAAGACAUCAAGAGACUGACUCCUCGGUUUACUUUUGGACCAAAUGGCUACUACUUUGCCAUUGACCCCAAUGGAUACGUGCUGCUCCAUCCUAAUCUCCAGCCACUGACUGCCAAGUUUCAUGAACCUGUAACGCUGGACUUCCUGGAUGCAGAGCUGGAGAAUGAGUUCAAAGUGGAGAUGAGAAAAAAAAUGAUCGACGGUCUAACAGAGGAUCACACAAUAUCUACAUUGGUGAAAUCCCAAGAUGAGCGCUACAUUGACUUAGGUCAGAGGACGUACACCUUUGCACCAGUGAAGGGGACAGAUUACAGCCUGGCUCUAGUCCUUCCUGACUACAGUUUGAAUUACAUCCGGGCCAAUAUCGCUGACACGAUCACCCAGGCAAAAUUUUCUGAAAGCUUGAUGGCGGACAAGUUUGAUGAAUAUGGCUAUACAUUUAUCGCACCGAGGAUGUACUGCAAGGACUUAAAGCCACCUGACAAGAACAAAAACAACACUGAGUUUCUCAUGGAGUUCAACGAUUACAUUGACACAAAGACACCAAACAACCCCAUGUGUAAUGUAGAGCUGGUGAACCGAUUGCUCCUGGAUGCUGGCAUCACCUCGUCUCUGAUCAAGCAUUGGAAAGCAACCGAAUCGCAGCAUGGUGUCUUGGCCAGAUAUGUUGCCACCGAUGGAGGGAUCACACGGGUCUACCCCAAAAGUGCUGGGCUGUACUGGGAAGAAGAAGCUGAGACUUAUGAGUCAAGUUUUUAUAAGAGAAGUUUGGACAAUGAUCUGUACAUCUUCACUCCGACACCCUACCAAUCUAGAGAGAACACAAGUGAGGAAUCCAUUUUGGUGAGCAGAGCAGUAAACGUUGACAUUGAUGGUAUCAUACUCAAACCGGCUGUGGUCGGUGUGAAGCUGGACAUCCAGGCCUGGAUGGCGAGCUUCAUCAACACCACACAGAAGAUCAAUUGCAAUGAUGAGAUCUGUGGCUGUCAGCGUAACGAUGUGUACGUAGACUGUGUCAUUCUGGAUGAUGGGGGCUUCCUGGUGAUGUCCAAUCGAGACGAACAUAUUGAUCAGAUUGGGCGUUUCUUUGGUUUGAUCGACCCGAUCCUCAUGGUGAACCUGGUCAACUCGUCCCUGUUCACCUUUAAGAAGACUUUCGACUACCAGUCGCUCUGUGACCCUGAGAAAGAGAGCAAGGCGGCUGCAGGCCUGCGAUCCGUCUACGUGCCCACAAUUGCAGAUAUUUUGAAUUUAGGAUGGUUUGCGACUGCUGCAGCCUGGUCAAUACUGCAACAGUUACUGGUCAGCAUCACAUUCCCAAAUUUCCUGGACGCAGCCGAGAUGGAUGAUGAAGUGUCAGAUGCCAUGCUCAAAGAGGUCUGCAUCACAGAGCAAACUCAAUACUACUUUGAGACCAACAACCUGUCUUUCAGAGGCACAAUCGACUGUGAAAACUGCACCAGACUCUACCACGCUGAAAAGCUGCCCAAGACGAACCUGGUCUUUAUCAUCGCUGAUGCAAAAGUCACCUGCUCCUCCUGUGACACCAAGCCGUUAAAACAGGAUGAACAGCAGUCUGAAGGUCCUAAUCCCUGUGAACUGGCUCAGAAUCCUCGUUACAGGAAAGGGCCCGCGGUGUGUUUUGAUAACAACGAACACGAGCAGGACCCUGACUGUGGCGGUGCCUCCGGCCUGAGCCCCUCACUUUGGCUGAUGGUGGCCCUUCAGCUGGUUCUGCUCUGGGUUUUGACUGGCUCCAGACCCCAUACCAUCCCGUCAUGACCUCUGAAAAAUCCUCCUCUCUCCCUCUGAUAUCUCCAAAAAGGCAACCAGCAUGCAACGCUGCCACCAAAAUGACGAACACCUGACGAGAAGGACUUGUAACAAACAAACAAAAACCUCUGAGCCCCACAUCUUGUCAGCUUCUCCUUUUGAUACCUUCAUUUUUAGGGGUUUUCUCAAAGUGAUUUCACCAGGUGCAGUGUUGAAAGAAAUGUUAAUUGGAAGAAAUAAGUUUGAAAGACAAGAAAGAUCCUCAACCUCCGCCUACCUUUCAUGUCUUCAAUAGUCCCCGCCAGCUGAGAUUAGAGGAAAUCCAGAGAUUCAUUAUGAUUGGCCACUUCUGAACUUUCUCUGGAUUGAUGUCAUUCAUGAUAGAAAUCGGACUGCCUUAUAUUAUCAGAGGGUUUUAAAUCACAAUUUCUGGCUGUUUAUUAAAGAUGUUGACCAGUUCAGGAUCAGCGCUGCCUUUUGCAAGCGUGUAAUUUAUUUUGAAUCAAUUUGCAGUGACUAGUUAUUAGGUAUUUAUUGUUUUUUUGUGAUUGACAAUUCGGCCAAAUUGCAUUAAGAGAUGCCAAAUUUUUACAUCACAACCUCGUGCCCUUUAUUUGCAUCCGUUGGGUUGCUGGAAAUAAUGUUGUCUUAGUCAGAUUUUUUUUUUUUAGCACAACGCAGAACAUUUUCACAGUGUCUCAGAGGUUUAUGAAAGAUGCAUCGUCUUUACUUUCCCCUCAGUGUUCUUUCAUGUAGAUACUGUAUUUGCAGUGUGGAUAUCAUUGUUCAUUGUUAUGUUCAUGCACAGAAACCAACCCCUUCAACUGCCACAGGGCCUGCCUCUAAGUGUACCGGUUUUAACAUUGUAGCUGAACAUCUAGUCAUCAGCCCUGAUCAAGAGUAGUGAAUUAUCUGGGUCUGCUGCCUUGGGGUGUUUGAUUUCUCCAAUGAAAACUUUGUUGCCAUAGUGCGCCAAUCAUUAACCAAUCAGGGUGAGCCUGGCUGGUGUCCUAUGCAUGCAUAGUGGACAAAAUCUCUAGUGCCAUGUGGACUGUUUGACUCAGAUGAUCCCUUCAGCUAAGUCAACUGUGGCUACGGAGUGGAAAAACAAUUUAUUAUUUAUUUGUUUUAUUAUUUAUUUGAAUGAAGCGUCAGGACAGCAUGCUACUUUUUCUUUUAUUGCCACCACUCAAGAAGAUGAAUUUAGGGGAUGUGAGAAUUUGUAUUUGACAUUUUGGUCAACAAAAAAAAAGGAAAAAGGUCUGUUUGUAUUCACUGCUGUCACUUUUUUUUAAAUCAAAUGACUACUAUCUGCACUGCAAUUCAAAGUGCAGCUGUUAUUUUGUCUUUACAAUUUGAUCCCUUCUGGAAAACAACCUUUAUCUUUAUGUAGUAGUGAGGUUUCCUCUUGCAACUUACUACACUGUGGUAUUCUAAUACCCAAGAGAAAUCACUGCAGUUAGGUCAUGCUUGUGAUCCUCUUUACUGCUGUAUUUUGUUUUGUUUUCUCCAAUAUAAGUUCAUCUUGU